AUUGGUCUGUGCACAGUUGGAAAAAAACUACAUUGAUUUUCUUGAUAUUCAUUUUGUCGCGCCUGAGCUAUAAGUUACGUAAUUUUUUACUAAAAUCAAUCUUACAAAGUAAAAAUGGGAAAACAUUUCGGAGAACUUGCAAAGAUUAGAGGGUUAAUUACAUAUAGAUUAUCACCACACGAACAACGUGCCUAUGCGGGAGCUAUUUCUAAUGGGAUACCAAACAUCUUCCGCAGAUUUCGUGAAAGUGUUUUCAGAGUCGCUCCAGCUUUUAUUGUUGCGUACAUGAUCUUUGAGGGGGUAGAAACAGCACAACACAGACUUUCUAGGAAGAACCCUGCUGAUUUUGCUAAUGAUGAAUAAAAGAUGUCAAUGAACACUUGUGAAUAUUAUAAGUAGAGUAAUUAUUAAAUUAUUAUUAUGAUGUAAAA